AUGUUCUUCUCCGUUGCUCUACCCCGUACACGCCUUCCCCUUAGUCGAGUCUCGGUGCGAUCAAUCUCCACCACCAGUGCUUUGCGCAACAACGCAGACGGCAAGCCCGCCUUCGCAUUUGCAAAGGGUCCCGCUCCCCCACGUCUCCCCAAGGAAGAACAGGAGAUCUUCGAAGAGCUCCAAAAGCGGUCAACAGGCGCUUUCAGCACACCGCAAGUCAACCAGUCGCCCAAGGCCGAGAUCAAGGUCAACGGCAACGGCGAAGAGCUUCACCCCGAUGCGCCGCAAGGCCUGAAGCCCGAAUUCGAGGGCGAUACGAACCCCAAGACUGGCGAGGUUGGAGGACCUAAGAAUGAGCCUCUUCGAUGGGGUGCUGCCGGUGAUUGGAGUUAUGGUGGCCGGGUGACCGAUUUCUAA